CGUUUAAAAGGGAGGGGGGGAUCACUUGACAGGAAUGCCUCAGAACUGUGAAAGCAGCCCUUCGAGCUGGGAGCGGAUAGAGUGGGCUAACCUUAAGGCUGAAUGAGAGGGUGUGAGAUUGUGGACCACAGCUCCAUCACACACGACCAUUUUUAGACGGAGAGGGAGUAGAGAAGUAGAGAGAGAGGGAAAGAGCUGUAGUGAUACCACUGCUGGAGGGUGCCUGACCUCACACUUCAUGUUGAAGGAGCGAGAUACAGAAUUACAGGGAGCAAAGCCUUGAGAUCGAGCGUGCGAUAUUUUUGACGGGAGCGCUCCGUGAUGCACGCAUAAAGCUCCGCGCCGAAGUGGAUGUUUCCCAUCCCGCCAGCGUCAAGCAGCCGCGUCUCCGAAGGACUCAACUUUCAGACCGUACGUGGGUGACCGCGUGCUAACCCGUGUGCCCUGCACCUUGCGUGUGCUUCAGCAUGGAUCAGCCGGCCAGCAGCUGUAUGCGGAGUUCCCACGCACCCAGCGCCCUGUGGGGCUGCGGCAGGAGCCCUCACCCUGGCACGGGGGCUGGCCUGCAGCCUUAUCAGCAGGCCCCCUUCUCCCUGCACCAGAAGCAUGACUUCCUGGCCUACGCCGACUUCCCCAGCACCUGCCUGCUGACGGCCCCACACGCCUACCCACGCGAGGACAGGCUGUACCCCGCCGAGCCCCACGGCGGCUACCAGCGGACAGACUGGCAGUUCCCUGCGUGUGAGCCACGCAGCAGGGGCCAGGAGCCAUGUCAGGCGGCCGCGGUGGGGCCGGGUGGAGGGGUGGACGUGGACGUUGCAGGGGCUGACAGGCUGCCCGGGACAGUGACAGCAGGACUGGAGAGCGAAUAUUCUCCGCAGGGCAUCGCUGCAGGUGACACAGAGAAAAAGAGUUGCAAGAGGAGAAGAGAAGUCACAGAUAUUCAGGACUCUGGCUUUAAGCCUGACUCAAACUGCAAGGCAAGAAAAGAGCGUACGGCCUUCACUAAGGAACAGCUGAGGGAGCUGGAGGCAGAGUUCACCCACCACAACUAUCUGACUCGGCUGCGCCGUUAUGAGAUCGCCGUCAACCUGGACCUCACCGAGAGACAGGUGAAAGUGUGGUUUCAGAACAGACGUAUGAAGUGGAAGAGGGUGAAAGGUGGUCAACCUGCUUCUCCUCAUGACCUGGAAGCAGAUGAGAUGGAUUCCGCAGCCUCACCCAGCUCUGAGUAGUGACCCUGACUCUGUCUACAGAUACAUGCCUGCACCACUCUGCCUCCUGGGACAACUGGCUGCUACAAAGGAGCCAUAAAUAUGCAAUUAACAUGACGUGACAUUUUCCCACAAUCCUCUUCACACAUUCAGAAAGCCCGCUCUAUGGAUGAAAACAUUUUUGAUGGCUUGCUGUCUUAAGUGCCUCUGAUUUGGAUCCAUUAUUAAGCCAAAAUUCAUGUUGCCCACUCCUGAACUCAUGAAAGCGAGUGAUAUCGAGAGACUGCAUUUCUCACCUGCAGAUAUGAUCCAUAUUGCAGUAAUGACAUUAUGCAGUGGGUUUGUUACCAGACAUACUUUGUGCUUCGUAGUGGCUAUAGAAGACGAGCUCCACCUGCGGCAGCUCUUCCAAAAGGUCAUCUCAGGACAGCUCCUCCUGCACCAGCACACUGCAGCCUCACUCCAUCAGAUGACAUUGCUUUUUAGCCCAAGUCAUACUGUCAAGUUGUUCUCAGAAUAUAGAUUUUUAUAUAUUGUAUGAUUGUUUUUUGUACCUCUUUUUUACAUUGAUUGUAGCUGAUAAAACACAGAUGUCACAUACUGAAAACUGCAAAAAUAAUAAUAAAAAAAAUAAUUUAAAAAUGGGAA